GAAGCCCUUGCGGCGCCCCGGCGGCGGCAGCCGGAUCCGGUCGCUCCGGGAUCGGACGGAUUCCCACGUAUCCCGGUUGGAGCGGGCGCUAUGCACGGGCGGCUCAAGUCCCGCCCCCCGGACGCCGCUCGGCUCCGGCAGCGGGAGGAGAAGCUCCGGAAGUACCGCGAGAGCAUGCGGGAGCUGCGGGAAUGCCAGCAGGGGGGGGCGGUGCUGGAGCUCACGGCCUCGGUGCUGGCAGCCAAUCCGGACGUGGCCACGUGCUGGGGGCGGCGCCGGGAGGCUCUGCUAUUGGAGCCCCCGUCCCAAUGGGUGGACUCGGAGCUGGGGUUCGUGGCCUCCUGCCUGGCCCUGAACCCCAAGUCUUAUGGCGCUUGGCACCAUCGGGCCUGGACCCUGCGCUGGGUCCCUGCGGCUGCGGCUGCUGCUGCGGAGCUGGCGCUGUGCGAGCGCCACCUGGCGGCUGACCCCAGGAACUUCCACGCCUGGGAGCACCGUCGGGCGCUGACCUCUGACCCCAGCUCCGAGCUCCAGUUCACACAGCAGCUCCUGGCCAGAGACUUCUCCAACUACUCAGCCUGGCACCAGAGGCUGAAGCUGCUGCAGGGAGAGCUGAGCAGCGACACCCUGAGGCAGGAGCUGGAGCUGGUCCGGAACGCUGCCUUCACUGACCCCCAUGACCAGAGUGCUUGGAUCUACCUGCGCUGUGCCCUAUCCCAGCCCUUGCCCCCUCCCCGGAUCCUCUCCCUUUACUUCCAUAGGGAAGAUCCCACCUUGGCCAUCACCUUCUCCAGGCCCAUUGUGGCAGGUCCGGAGCUGGGAGUGAUCCUGGAUGGAGACCCCAUGGAUGGGAAGUGGCGCUCGGCGGAGGGGGGAGCUCGGAGCAGCCACACCUGGCUCCUGGACCUGCCCCCGGCCCCGCCCACCUCCCCCCUGCACAUCCAGGUCACGUGGGCUCCAGGCCCCGCCCACUGCGAGCUGACCCUCCAAUCAGGUGAGAACGAGGCUUGGUGGCAGGAGCCAAUAGCAGCGCGGGAGCUCUUCUGGCCGGAAGUGGGCGUGUCCGAGGCGGAGCUGCUGCAGGCACAGGCUCAAUGGUGCCGGGAGCUGCGGGAGCUGGAGCCGCAGAGCAGAGGCUGCCUGCUGGCCCUGGCGCUGCUGCUGUGGGCCCUGGAGCCGCUGGAGCACGAGGAGGAGACGCGGAGCUGCCUGCAGGAGCUCAAGGCCUCUGAUCCAAUGAGAAGAGGCUUCGCCUGCGAUGCUGCCUCCCGAUUGGAGGUUGCGGCCGCGCUGCUGCGGAGGGGGGCGGGGCCUGAUGGGGAGCUCCGCCUACGAGGGAAGGCGCUGACGUCACUGCCGCUGCUGGAGCACAUGGCCCUGGUGCCCUGCCUCGACCUGGCCCACAAUGCACUGGGGCGGCUGCCGGCGGCCAUGGGGGCCCUAAGGCGCCUCAAGGUGCUGGAUGUGGCCCAUAACAACCUCAGGAGCCUGCAGGGUUUCCCCCCCCUGCCUUGGCUGGAGGAGAUGGGGCUGGAGGGGAACCCCAUCAGCCACGCCUCCGCCCUGUCCCCAUUGGCUGCCUGCCCGCGCCUCGCUCGCCUCCGAUUGGCUGGGACGCCGCUGGCCUCCGCCCCCGACGCCGCCGCCCACGUGACGCAGCUCCUCCCCCGCGUUGACGUCAGCCUGGGCUGAGCGUGGCCACGCCCCCUUAAAGGGGCCGCAGCGAAUAAAAGUGGUGUUGAAUGGAU